AUGGGACGGAUCAUGAACCAAAGAUCAAACAAAAACAGAACAUCCGAGGAGAAAGAGGAAGAUUACAGAAGGAUGGGGCUCGAUCUCGUCUCGGGUCUAAACACAGAGCUAAGAAACGUGAAGAAGACGGCAACGAUUGAUCUGGAAGGACUAGUUAGCUCGGUGUCGAAUCUGAGAGACGGGUUAGGGCAAUUGAGGUGUCUAGCGAGCGAGAAGCUGAAAGGGGAUAAAGAAUACAGAGCAUUUGUUAGUUCGAUGAGCUCGUUCUUGAGAUACGGAGAGAAGAGUUUAGAGGAGUUGAGGGAAGACGAGAAAAGGAUAAUAUGGAGAGAGUUGGAGAGAUUGUGUUAA